UUGCCAACGCCGCGUUGCGCCAAGACGGUCGGAAUAAAGGACGCUGACUAUUGUAUUCUCGUUAUUUUAUUAAUUGGUCAGCGAGAAGAUCGCAGAUGAGGAGAGGGUCGCCUCUCACCCUUCCUGCGCUAAGAUCUGAAAAAUGAGGCUGGGCCGGGGGCUGCUCUAAAAUGAGGCAAAAGGAAUAAGAUUUUUAAAGACAGAAAGCCCCAGGAGCCCCUCUACCGUAGCGCACUUUUAUUUGCAUUAUUCUUAUUAUUAUUUUUUCUUUCCGAUUUUUUCUUUCCGUGGUGGUGGGGGAGGUGACUGGGUGGCUGACUGGCUACGGGAAGCUGCUUCCUUUCCCUUUGGAGAUGAUUGUGCUAUUAUUCUUUGCUUUGCUCUGGAUGGUGGAAGGAGUCUUUUCCCAGCUUCACUACACGGUGCAGGAGGAGCAGGAACAUGGCACUUUCGUGGGGAAUAUCGCCGAAGAUCUGGGCUUGGACAUUACAAAACUUUCGGCUCGCAGGUUUCAGACGGUGCCCAACUCACGGACCCCUUACUUGGACCUGAACCUGGAGACCGGGGUGCUCUACGUGAACGAGAAGAUCGACCGCGAGCAGAUCUGCAAGCAGAGCCCCUCCUGCGUCCUGCACCUGGAGGUCUUCCUGGAGAACCCCCUGGAGCUGUUCCGGGUGGAGAUUGAGGUGCUCGAUAUCAAUGACAACCCUCCCUCUUUCCCCGAGCCGGACCUGACUGUGGAAAUCUCGGAGAGCGCCACGCCGGGCACCCGCUUUCCCUUGGAGAGCGCCUUCGACCCAGACGUAGGCACCAACUCCUUGCGCGACUACGAGAUCACCCCCAACAGCUACUUCUCCCUGGACGUGCAGACCCAAGGGGAUGGCAACCGAUUCGCCGAGUUGGUGCUGGAGAAGCCUCUGGACCGAGAGCAGCAAGCGGUGCACCGCUACGUGCUGACCGCGGUGGACGGGGGAGGAGGGGGAGCAGGAGGAGGAGGAGGAGGAGAAGCAGGAGGGGGAGGCGGCGGUGGCGGGGGAGCGGGCCUGCCCCCCCAGCAACAGCGCACCGGAACGGCCCUGCUCACUAUCCGAGUGCUGGACUCCAACGACAAUGUGCCCGCUUUCGACCAACCAGUCUACACUGUGUCCCUCCCAGAGAACUCGCCCCCGGGCACGCUCGUGAUCCAGCUGAACGCCACGGACCCGGACGAGGGCCAGAACGGAGAGGUCGUGUACUCUUUCAGCAGCCACAUUUCGCCCCGGGCUCGAGAGCUCUUCGGACUCUCGCCGCGCACCGGCCGACUGGAGGUGAGCGGCGAGCUGGACUUUGAAGAGAGCCCGGUGUACCAGGUGUACGUGCAAGCCAAGGACCUGGGCCCCAACGCCGUGCCCGCGCACUGCAAGGUGCUGGUGCGAGUGCUGGAUGCUAACGACAAUGCGCCGGAGAUCAGCUUCAGCACCGUGAAGGAGGCGGUGAGCGAGGGCGCGGCGCCCGGCACCGUGGUGGCCCUGUUCAGCGUGACCGACCGGGACUCGGAAGAGAACGGGCAAGUGCAGUGCGAGCUGCUGGGGGACGUGCCGUUCCGCCUCAAGUCUUCCUUCAAGAAUUACUACACCAUCGUGACCGAGGCCCCCCUGGACCGAGAGGCGGGGGACUCCUACACCCUGACCGUGGUGGCCCGGGACCGGGGCGAGCCGUCCCUCUCCAGCAGCAAGUCCAUCCAGGUGCAGGUGUCAGAUGUCAACGACAAUGCGCCGCGCUUCAGCCAGCCGGUCUACGACGUGUAUGUGACCGAGAACAACGUGCCGGGGGCCUACAUCUACGCCGUGAGCGCCACGGACCGCGACGAGGGCGCCAACGCCCAGCUGGCGUACUCGAUCCUCGAGUGCCAGAUUCAAGGCAUGAGCGUCUUCACCUACGUGUCCAUCAACUCUGAGAACGGCUACCUGUACGCCCUGCGCUCCUUCGACUACGAGCAGCUGAAGGACUUCAGCUUUCAGGUGGAAGCCCGAGACGCCGGCAGCCCCCAGGCGCUGGCGGGCAACGCCACGGUCAACAUCCUCAUCGUGGAUCAGAACGACAACGCCCCUGCCAUCGUGGCGCCCCUACCGGGGCGCAACGGGACUCCGGCGCGCGAGGUCCUGCCCCGCUCGGCGGAGCCAGGCUACCUGCUUACCCGCGUGGCUGCCGUGGACGCAGACGACGGCGAGAACGCCCGGCUCACCUAUAGCAUCGUGCGGGGCAACGAAAUGAACCUCUUCCGCAUGGACUGGCGCACCGGGGAGCUCCGCACAGCGCGCAGGGUUCCGGCCAAGCGCGACCCCCAGCGGCCUUACGAGCUGGUGAUCGAAGUGCGCGACCACGGACAGCCGCCCCUGUCCUCCACCGCCACCCUGGUGGUUCAGCUGGUGGACGGCGCCGUGGAACCCCAGGGCGGGGCCGGGGCCGGAGGCGGAGGGUCCGGGGAGCACCAGCGCCCCAGCCGCUCCGGCGGCGGGGAGACCUCGCUGGACCUCACGCUCAUCCUCAUCAUCGCCCUGGGGUCGGUGUCCUUCAUCUUCCUGCUGGCCAUGAUCGUGCUGGCUGUGCGCUGCCAAAAGGAGAAGAAACUCAACAUCUACACGUGUCUGGCCAGCGACUGCUGCCUCUGCUGCUGCUGCUGUGGCGGCGGCGGGGGUUCGACCUGCUGCGGCCGCCAAGCGCGGGCGCGCAAGAAGAAACUCAGCAAGUCGGACAUCAUGCUGGUGCAAAGCUCCAACGUCCCUAGCAACCCAGCCCAGGUGCCCGUGGAGGAGUCCGGGGGCUUCGGCUCUCACCACCACAACCAGAACUACUGCUACCAGGUCUGCCUGACCCCGGAGUCCGCUAAGACCGACCUGAUGUUCCUUAAGCCCUGCAGCCCCUCGCGGAGUACGGACGCUGAGCACAACCCCUGCGGGGCCAUCGUCACCGGCUACACCGACCAGCAGCCGGACAUCAUCUCCAACGGAAGCAUUUUGUCCAACGAGACUAAACACCAGCGAGCAGAGCUCAGCUAUCUAGUUGACAGACCUCGACGAGUUAACAGUUCUGCAUUCCAGGAAGCCGACAUAGUAAGCUCUAAGGACAGUGGCCAUGGAGACAGUGAGCAGGGAGAUAGUGACCAUGAUGCCACCAACCGCGGCCAGUCAGCUGGUAUGGAUCUCUUCUCCAACUGCACCGAGGAAUGUAAAGCACUGGGUCACUCCGAUCGGUGCUGGAUGCCUUCUUUUGUCCCCUCUGAUGGACGCCAGGCUGCCGAUUAUCGCAGCAAUCUGCAUGUUCCCGGCAUGGACUCUGUUCCAGACACCGAGGUGUUUGAAACUCCAGAAGCCCAGCCUGGGGCAGAGCGGUCCUUCUCCACCUUUGGCAAAGAGAAGGCCCUGCACAGCACGCUGGAGAGGAAGGAGCUGGAUGGACUGCUGUCUAAUACACGAGCGCCUUACAAACCACCAUAUUUGACACGGAAAAGGAUAUGCUAGUCAAUUCUACAGAACUUACCUGAAGCAGCAUGAUUUGCACAAAGUCGACCAACAAAAGCAUCAACUUUUCAACUUCAUUAUCUUGGCCAUCCAGUUAGUGUGUGUAACUGAGUAUUAGAUUUCCAGCGGAGUCAUCGUGGCCAAUUAUAGGACCUAAUUGCUCUCAGCAGGCCUGAGAAAUGAGUUGAAAUGUGCAGAACUGUAGAAACUUUGGAGGCAACUGACUUUUGCCUCUCCGAUCAGUGUGUGCCUGUUUACAGCACUAUAUAUCUUUCUCUCUCCAAAUGUCACUGAGCCCUUUAGAUGUUUAUAUUCACCACGAGAAGCCAGUCAUAAAGAUAAAGGAAAAUUUGUGCAUUAUAAAUGCAAUAUCACUGUUUUAAACUUGACUGUUUUAUAUUAUUUUUGUGUGAUCAAGUGUUCCCCAAACUAUUCCAACUUUACAAGAGAGAUUGUGAUUAUGUUCUUUUCACCUGUGGGUUAUAAAAAAUGUUGUAUUCUGAAGACCCACAAAAUAUCAAAGACAUUCUGUAGUUUAUACACCGUGUUGCAAAGUGUUUACUGUACUAUUUCAAAGCUUCUAAAUAAAUAUAAAAUAUAUAUAUUAUAUUAUAUAAUUUUCCUAAAAUGUGGUACAACUCAGUUGGUUUUUAAAUGGAUUCAUACAGUCCACAUCAUACAAUAAAGUAAAAGGUAAUUCAGGGUCCCAAAGAUAAACAUAGUAAGAAAGAAAAUCAUAAGUGGUGUCCUCCCAGUUUUCAUAUGUUAUUCAACCCUGUUUUUCCUUGUUUAAAAGAAAAUGAAGCUCUAAGCUACGAAAUUUUGUCGAGAACUCAUAUACGAAUUUUCAAUGCCAAAGAUGUAGCUGUCAAUGUUAUCAGACGGAGCACUGAAUAUGUACUAUCAAACUAUCUAACAAUCUACAUAAUUCCAAUUCUAUUUCUAUGGCUUUGAACUUAGAAUCACUUAAAAGCUUUUAUAAAGAAUCUAUAAAUUCACCUGUAUUUGUUGUUAGAAAAAAAAAACUGGGUGUCUGUACAUUUUGUGGUGUAAAAUAUGUAUUUGAAGAUGACUAUUUUAAAAGGUCUUCAAUCAUAGAUUCCAUGCGGAAUUUUAUUUUACGUAGUUUUACAUAGAUUUGUGACUUUUAAUUACACAUGGGCAUAAAAUCUAUUUAUAACUCUAUAUGAAUAUAUAGAGACAUAGGAAUACCUGAACUGGUAAAGAACAACUAUAUGAUCUAGCAGAUCUCUAAAUUUAUGACAAAUUAAAUAAGUUUGGAGAUAGAAACAUGGUACAUCAUUGUUUCGGUAUUAUGUGUGAAAAAUUUAUAUUUGAAAUAGAGUCAGUGUUAUUAAUUAGAAAAUUCUUUAUGAAUCGACUUUGAAAAGUUAAGCUUGUCUUUUACUUUGAUGUUACAGGACUAAUUAUUAAAUUCAGUAAGACGCAUUUUCCUUUCUUUCACACAUUUUUUUUCUAGUGUUGGUUAUUGCUUGUUGAAAUCCAAAUAAGAGAGAAAAAACUAAAGAAUGUGAGCUGAUCUUCCCAUCAACAAGAACAACAAAAACAAAAUUGUUAAGCGUCCCUCUGUGAUGUCUUCAACAUUAUAUCAAAAUGUUUGCCCACUUCCAAUUAUAGACCUAUUUUGAAAUACUUCCCUUAAUUUUUAACUGAUUUUAUGUUCGAUGAUAGAUUGAGCUGUGCUAUGUUAUUAGAGAAUAGACUAACAUUUAACACAAGUAUACUUUACAUUAAUUUUAUGUAAUGUAAAUGGAAAAUUUUUUCUUAGGUUUGACCUUUAAAUGCAUACAUAUAUUCAUAGGUCUUGGAUGUAUAUGUUUAGAGUGAUUUGUUGACAGUUAUCAAAUUAGAUAUUAACAUGUCAUAAUCCCAAUCAGUUUAUAUGUCAAAUUAUUGUGUGUAAUGUUCCGGUUUUUUGGGGACCCUUUAAAAAUAUAUAAAGCUAAUCAACCGUAUGUAAUACAAAAAGCACAUAUAUUCACCAAGUGCAGCAGUAACAUUUUCUCAAACUCGGCAUUACUACAUUAGUAUUUUGAAGGAUAGACUAUUUUAGUAAGGAAAUGUUUAUAUAUAUAAUUUAAGUGGAAAAAAUCUGUUUGUUCUAAUUGCUUUUUAAACAAGAAAAUACUUUUCUUGUUGAAUCACUCGACUUUAAUUAAAACCUAUCAGGCACCAUUUUUCAUGGGGGAAAGUCUACAUCCAUCUUCCUCUUUAUAUGCACUGAAAAUAAGAUUAUAUUCACUUCAUAUAAAAUAGCUGUACUAAUUCAUCUGACCUAAAAUUCACUUCAUAUGUGAUAGCUACAUUAAUUCUUUUCAUUUAUAUUAAUUUUCUUUAAUUAUUUGAUCAUUAAUAUUGUUGUAUAUAAUCUCCUAGGCACUGUCUUUUCAGGCCAUGUGUUUGUGUAUUAGUUGUCUUACAUUUCCUAGUUAUUAGUUACAUUAAUUUUCAAUUUAGUUUUUAAAUUAUAUAUUCAAUCUGUAAAAACAAGAAAAACAAAAAUAUUACCCAAUUUAUGGAACAACUUUUUUUAAAAAUAAAAUACUAAUUCUUGACAUCAUCAGUCAUAUUUUCUCCAGAAUAACCAAAAAGUUACAACACAAUAAGGAUAUGACUUUAGUAAAUUGAGGAAAAAUGUUAUCAACCAAUGAGGGAGCAUAUAAAAUGGAAAGGGCAACCAAUGAAUAAUGGGAGUUUCCAAUAAACAUUUACUAGAUUAGCAUGUCAAGAAACUUUAGAAUAGAUUUUCUAUUUCAUCUGAUCAUCCUAAUAUCUGAUCGUCCAUAAUUUUUAUGCACAGCAGAGAAAAAUAAUAUCCAGCUGAUUAGGUAGUAUUUCAUUAGUAAACUAUUUCAUAAAACAAUAAUUGUGGCAGUUACUUCUUGUCAACAUCAUUAAUUUUAGAGCAGUAAAAAUCAAAAAAGAAUUUUCCUGUGGAAACAGUGUAUUUAAUGUUUCAAAGGUAUGUCAAAUGACAAUUUGUAGAAAUGUUUCAUCCAUAUGUAAAAUUAUGAUUUUUAACUUGUGACCAUCAUUUGUAAAAUAAUUUUUACUCAAAAAUUUCAAUAAUACAUCAGAAUUAAUUUACAGAUACAAUGAUGUGAAUAAUACACGUGUACCAUCUUUUCUUAAGUAAUGUUAUGGAAAUACAUAUAACUUCUUUUAUAAAGAUAUUAAAUGCGAUGCCUUUAUCAAACAUUGCAAAUUAAGAACUAUAUUGAAAGACUUAAAUAUCUCAGUUACUCCUUCUCUGUUGCAUUUCUUCAUUGUGUUGCGAUUUGCCAUGAAAUAUUCUGUAAUAUAGAAGCUCUCCUGCUUCUGCAAUACGGGGAGAACAGAUCAUCUUUACAAUUCCCAACAUAAAUUUUGGUAGCUGUGCACUUACUGUAUCAUUUCACCUUUCAAAAAUUAUUAUUAGAGUUUAAUUAAUUUUCUAUAACUACUUAGCCAGAAUGUGGCAAAUGUUAAGCAAGAUAAAGAACAAUAUAUGUGUUAUUUACUGAUAAUAGCACCAUUAUUUGUCAUGACAUGUGUUCCUCCCCACACACAUAUUUCUAAGUGUGCUAUUAAUACCCAAGGAAUUUAAAAACACUUAAAGCAUUGGUAUACUUGAUGAUUUUAUUGAAAAUCUUAUAUUUUUCAUAUUACAAUUUCUUGGGUUCUUUAUCUUUUUCAACUCUAAUUUUGUAGCGGUAAAGGCUUUGCACUUAACAUCCUUUUUAUGUUCCUUUUUAACAAGGAAAAACAGAAAUGAUAAAAUUCCAUAUUUUUUACACCAUGGAGUAGUAAAAUUAUUUUAUAUAUUGUUAGGAUUUCAAGGAGUAUCCCUCUGCUAAGUCAAACAAAAUCCUUAUACAGUAAUUUGUGAAACUGUUCAGUAGAGUAUUUUCUUCAAACUUGGUAUAGGUUUUAGAUUAUUGCAUUCCCUAAGAAUGCCAGUAGGUGGGCGCCGCCAGAGUAUUGCAGGCAAUAAUAUGACUAAAAUUCUAAUACCUUUCGUGUGCAUGCGUGUAUUUCUAAUCAUUGUUAUUUUAUAAGUAUUUGUAAAAUUAGAAACAUGGCUUUUCUUUCUUGAAAUCUUGUCACAUUCUUAGUUUGAACUUUUACUCUCCAGAAGUUUUUGAGUUGCAUGAAAAUAUUGCAUUCAUGAUGCAAAAAUAUUAAAUUUUCAUGAGGCUCAAAGAUUUCUGAAGGGCAGAACUCGGACUUCUAAUACAUCCAAACAUCCUCGAGCUGAAGGUAAGCAGGGAAUUUCAGCUCUAGACACAUUUUUGAGACAGUUAUCUGUGAGUGAAAACAGGGUAUUAAAAGAUGAGUUUCAAUCUUAACUAUAGUGUUUGUUACUGUGAAUGCUAUAAUAAUACAUAAGUAAAAUGAGUGUAAAUGUAAUAUAUUAUUUUAUACUGCUGUAUACAUAUGAAAUAAAUAAAACUAGGAUACAUAUCAUGCCAUUUUUCCAUGCAUGGAUCUUCCACUGACGCCUGUGGGAGCUUUGAAUACAAAUGAGUGGCAAAAUAUGGCUCUAGGUCUAAAAACGAUGAUUUAGUAAUUUUAGAGUUAAUGUAACAGGUCUAAGGGGACAUCUGUUCAAAACUGAGUAUUAUUUGAAGCAACAUAUGUUAGAUUUUAAAGGCUUUCACUGUAUUUAUAGUUUGAAAGUAGGCAUUUAGUUUCAUAUGAUUCCCAUAAUGCCAACAAUGAACCUUUUAAGUGUAUGUUUUCACAUGAUGCUGCUUUAAUUACUUUCUUUUUUUAAUUUAUAGUAUACCAAGCUUCCACAAAAAAGCGCGAUAUUGUACAUCAGAUAGUGGUGCCUUCAAAUAAUAAAAGGAAAAUACUUUAUCUCAAAUUUUAGAAACACAUCAUUUCAUAUUUGAAGUUGAUAGAUCCCUAAGGAAAAACAUAAAAUCUAUAUGGGUAUCAUUUUCCAAGAAGCAAAUAUGAAUUAAGGUAUAGGCUUUAUUUACAUUCUAAAUAUAAUCUGUGUUAACUCUUUAUAAGUUUAGAUUCUAAAAUAGCUGGAAUGUAGUAGACAAAAAGUUGUAUUUCCUAAUCUCAUCUGUGGUUUGUGUAAAUGGUUUUCAUAAGGUCAAACUACACCAUCUUGACCAUGAUUCAUUUUACAAGGAAAUAAGGGGAGAACUGGUGUUCCUCUCACUUUGAGGAUCUAAUGAAAACAACUCUAUGAUGGAAAGGCACUAAAUGAAAUAUAUAGGAAUGACAGUUCCCAAGGAAAUGUUUUCAGCUGUAAUUGUGGGUUGCCUUGGUUCCCCUGCAGAUCUCAACCUCUUAUUCCUGACUUUUAUUCUUCCUGGGAAUCAUACCAUUCACCGUUUCAUUCAACCAAGAUUAUUAUUUUUAGAAGUAAAAUUAAACUGUAUUAGAUUACACACAUUUACUGAGACCUGAUAAUGAGGAAGUAUCAAAAUUAUGAUAGUAUCUGACUUCAAGGAAAUUCUAGUUCAUUUUGGGAACCAGGGGAACUACAGGAAAGUAUCUAAAAAUUAAAUGACCAAAUAAUAAAGUAUCAACAUUUGCCAUCAAAAUCCAUCAGUGAAUUAUGAAAUCAAUUUAAUGUAUCAAGAUGAUAAUGUAAAAGCAAAAAUAAGAAGAAUAAGGUAGAAAAGUAUCAAAAACAUCAUUCAUGUAAAAGCAAUAGCUCUUUGUGCAACUUUUUUGAGGUACACGUGUGAAAUAGGUCAGAAUGUGAAAUACGUUUCUUACUGUGAAUCAUUUCCCAAAAUGUUUGAAAAGCACUGCACCAUAUGAUCGCUAUUUCAAAUUUAAACUUAUUUAAUGCUGUGGAAAGUCAGAGAAGAUAUUUUUGAAAAGUUAUUUCACAUCUGAAUCUUAAUCUUUACCCUUCGUAAAAUACAGAUAAGUGCAACUGGUUGCAGGAUUUUUUGAGAACUACUUGAGCUGGGUGAUGUAGAAAUGUGUGGCACACUGCUAAACAUAGUAAGUGGUAUGUGUUAUUAUUAAUAUCAUUUUGCAUCACUUUUCCACUGUUCUUGGUUACUGAAAGUACACAAUAAAGUUUACCCAUGAGAAUAA